GCACUUUUUUCCCUUCCCACCACCGGUUUGGCCUGGUUCGAUCUCCGCUCUCCACGACGAAAUCUCCCCAACCCUCCCAUUGACUUGUCAACCGUAUAGCGGCAACUUCCUACGGUCGAGUAGAGAGCUCGCCCUCCAUGUUGGCAAGAUCCUGCCUGCGCUCUCCGCGCAUUAUCAACGCCGCUAGAAAUGGCGCGACAGCCUAUGCCAAGAGGUCUAUCUCGACGUCCGCCGAAUCCCCCGCUAAGCUGAACGUCGCUACUGUCGCCUCCACCGCUGUCGCUAUCGGGUCCGUGGCCUGGUAUUAUCAUCUCUAUGGCUCUACCGCCCAUGCCAUGACGCCUGCCGAAGAAGGCCUACACCCUCCUAAAUACCCAUGGGUGCACCAGCAAUGGCUGAAGUCCUUCGAUCACCAGGCACUCCGCCGAGGUUUUCAGGUUUACCAGGAAGUCUGCGCGGCAUGCCACUCGCUCAGCCGGGUUCCCUACCGAGCGCUCGUCGGAACUGUCUUGACUGCAGACGAGGCGAGGGCCCUGGCGGAGGAGAACGAGUAUGACACCGAACCGAACGACCAGGGUGAUAUCGAGAAGCGGCCCGGCAAGCUGUCGGAUUACAUCCCGGCUCCCUACAAAAACGAUGAGGCUGCGCGGGCCGCCAACAACGGCGCACUCCCCCCCGAUCUCAGCUUGAUUGUCAAGGCACGGCACGGCGGCUGCGACUACAUCUUCAGCCUGCUGACCGGGUAUCCCGAUGAGCCUCCGGCGGGCGCCCAGGUCGGCGCUGGUCUCAACUUCAACCCCUACUUCCCGGGCACCGGUAUUGCCAUGGCCCGCGUCCUUUACGAUGGACUCGUGGAAUACGAGGACGAGACACCGGCAUCCACGUCGCAAAUGGCUAAGGACGUGGUGGAAUUCCUCAACUGGGCGGCGGAGCCGGAGAUGGACGAUCGCAAGCGCAUGGGCAUGAAGGUUAUAACCGUCACCACGGUCCUCCUGGCCCUGAGCAUAUGGGUCAAACGAUACAAGUGGGCGACGGUCAAGGCGAGGAAGAUCGCCUACGACCCACCAAAGGUGUCUAACGUCAUUCGCUUAUAAAAAAAAAGGAGAAGACGAGCAGGCCCACUUUUGCAUGUAUAACUAUAUGCUACUACAUCGCUACUACUGUCACGGCAUAAGGGGGGGAAAGAGACCGGAUGCCUCAGGGGGCUGGAGCGGGGGG